GGAAGCAGGAUUGCCUUGCCGGCGUGCGGCUGCCGGCCGAAUGUGUCAUGUGUCUGGUUCGGGCAAACUCCACUCCAACUCCAAUCAGCCGGAACACGGCGGGAAGGCGGCAGAAACAAAUGCAGAGUUGACACCGGAGAGCCGAGGACGGGGAGUCAAGUUAGAUUUAUUAGACUACUUGACCAUCUCCGCGUGCACUGCCCGACCUGAAAACUCUCAGAAAUGCUAGUGAAGCCCCCUAGUAAUCUCCUUUUCGGAUAGGGCAUCGUUUCCGCGCUUGAACAACACACGGCAACGCGCGCCGGAAGGCCGGACCGGACCCAGCGCCACCACUCGGGCCCCUCGCACUCGCAGCAUGGGGGCCGCCGUUGGGAAGCCAGCGUUCGGUGUCGCCGUCGCGCCGAAGUCGCAGGCGGAGGAGCGGCUCGCCCUCGCGGAGCACGCCCUGCUCCAGUGGACUCGCUCCCCCGGCGCCGACGCCGGCAUCUGGGACGCCGACGCGAGCUACACCAACAGAGGCCUCCUGGCGGCGGUGGACGAGGUGCUCCUCCUGGCGGCGGAAGACCCUUUCCCGUUCCCCGCGGCCGCGGCCGCCUCCGCGCGCCUCCGCCUGGACAGCGCCGUCGGCGCCGCCGCGUCGCGCAUGGUGGAGGAGUUCCUGCGCGUCAGGGUCUGGAACGCCUCCCGGCUCCGCGGCGCCGUUCACAGGCUCUCGCUCGCCUCCACUGGCCUCUCACUGCUGGUCUUCCCCAGCGCCGGUGAGAGGGCCAGCUCGGCGGGCACCGGCGGGGAGGGGGAGGUCGACGCGUCCGACGGGAGCCGGUCGCGGGCGAGCUCGGGCGUGCCUUACGAUGUCGCGGACCUCUUGGACGCCGAGGUCUGGGACGGCCUGGACCUCAUCUGCCCCGCAGGCGUGUCAGUCCUUCACGAGAUCGCGCUUCGGAUCGUUCGUGCCGGAUGCACCGAGGAACUCGUCCGGGCUUUCGCCAACGCUCCCUGCAAUGUGCUAGACAGCUUCUUGUCAAUUCUUCGGGUCGAGUGCUCGCAGCAGACGGCGGAGGCCGUGAUCAAGCGGUGGACGACGGUGACGAAGAUCAUAGGGAAGGCCAUAGUCGCCAUGCGGAGGCAGCUGUACGCGCAGAACCCAGGCGCCUUCGACGGUUUCAGGGACGAAUACUUGCUUGCCAUCGCGGAGAACCGCAUCCUGAUCCUGCUCGACUUCGCCAACGGAUUCACCAGCAUCACGUCGCACGAGAAGCUCGUGUACAUGCUUGGCAUGUACGAGGCUCUCGCCGACGCCGCUCCCAGCCUCCUGCUCCUGUUCAGCGGCGCGCGCAAGCAGCUCAUCGCGGAGCGGACACAAGGUAUCCUCAUGAAACUGGCCGGCGCGAUAAGGGUCAUGGUCAGCGGCGUCAUGGCCAAGAUCCAAGGCGAGUGUAUGUCCCCGCGCACGCCGAGCGCGGCGGCAGGCGGCGUCCACCCGCUGGCACGCGACGCCAUGACCUGCGUCGAGCUGCUGGCGAGGCACCGCACCACGCUCGACCUUAUCCUCGCGGACGCAGGCGGCGGCGACGAGCGCGGCUCCCUCGCCGGGGUCGUCUCGGACCUGAUCGCGGGCCUGGAACACAACCUCCAGGGGAGACUCGCUGUCGCCUGCGCGGACGCGGGGGGAUCGCGGCACCUCUUCCUGGCGAACAACAUCAGCUUCGUACUGAGCCGCGUCGCGGACGCCGACGGCGUGGCGGCCAUGCUCGGGGCCGCGUUUGCCGCGCGGCGACGGAGCAGGCUCGAGCAGCACCUAGCGAGCUACGCCGCGUCGUCAUGGGGCCCCGUCGUCGCUCUCCUGGACACGCCCGUGUGUGGCAGAGGCAAGCCGGCGAAAAUUCUGGCGGAGUUCAACGCCGCGUUUACCAGAACGCGCGACAGCGAGGUGUGCCGGGAGGUCCCGGACCCCGUGCUCCGAGCGGUGCUGCGGCACGCCUUGUCGGACAUGGUGGUUCCUGCUUACUGCGCGUUUCUGCAGAAGCAACCCAAGCUUUGGAAAUCUGUCAGGUACACGGCUGAUGAUCUGGCCGAGUCGCUGUCGGAGUUGUUCGAAGGGGAAGUUACGGAUGCCAGAAAAAUCUAGUGCUUUUGUGAACGUAGAACAUUUUCAGGUUGUACCAAACUGACGACCGCUUGACCAUCUGUAAAACUACACUGCAAAGUUCCAUUUCUUCAUGGAUGCUAUAUAUAGCAACCAGUAGUAGCAGUCAGAGUUCUUUAUUAGCAUGCACUUGAUAAUCUGAACAUUCCAUUGUAAUAAAAGAAAAAGUGAACAGUCUGGAGUCUGGACUUGUAAAAUGUGACAGAAAGCAGCAACAUUUCCAUGUUGA